AUGAGCGACAGACAACCCCGCAAACUUCCACCUCCAGGCACAGACUUGAGGUCCGUCUUGGGACUAUGGCCAACAGCCCCGGAAGGGACCGGAACUGUGUUCCAUCGGAUCCUUGAAGCUAGGAUGGAUGUGUUAUUAGAUUUGAUGAUGGAAAUCAGAGAUAGAGACAGAGGUCAGGAGGUAGUAACAGAAGCAAAAACAACAAGCCUCCAAAUGCAACUCCCACAAAAGUUUGCCCUUCGAGAUGAGCAACGAGAGGCUGUUAUCCUACGAUUGGAGCGAGCAACUACAUUGGAUAUGGCUUUAAAUCAAGCAGUCAUUUUGGCUUCCGAGAUCCAUCCAAUAACUCCAAAACGAAAUCUAGUGCAUCAACUCGUGCAGGAAUGGAAAUGAAGAACUUCUUAUUAAAACACAGACGCAACUUACGGCCCGCGGAGGAGCAGAAGUUUAAGGAUAUAGAAGACACCACUUGGGGCAGUAAAUUCAUCGAAUACCAGAAGCGUAUGCUCGACGAGAUCCCAUGUUCCGACGAAAAUGUGCAUGUUGACAGAAUGAAGAAGCAGGAGGUUGGGGAUGGAGAUGGGGAUGAGAAUGGAGAUGGUUUGUUGUUGUCAGAAAUUCCACAGUUAGUGAUCAUAGCGAUCAAAGUCCUGUAUCACGGAAGAGAAAGAAUAAAGAUGUAGAUGUCGUGAGAGGUAGUACAUCAUCGAGGCCCUCGAAGCAGGCCAACAUGGGUACUCGUGGAGGGUAUGCGGAUGCGUAUAUAUCUGACAGUUCGGCUUGACUGGGUGAAGGGAAAAUAUGUGCAUUAUGGGUACGGUUAUGGUUGCUCAUAUAUUGCUAUAUUUCUUGGCUGGAAAUCACAUAAAUCGCUGUUGUACAAGAUCUAUUGAACGGACAAUCUCUAAAAUAGU